AUGAGGGUAAAUAUCUUCAAGACGUUGUUACCAUUUCUCUUAGCUCCAGGAGGGCACACUCAUGGGACCAAGGUUGAUGCUGCUUGCGCUUUGGACUGCUCCCACCGUCUCCUCAACAGUUCCGACACGGUCGACUGGAGAGCGCUCUGCUCAGAUCAGCUCAAACAACAUUCUCUAUUUCAGUGUCUGGUACUCUCCUGCACUUCUGAUUCCUACAGCAAUGCCUUGACCUCAGUGGUUACAUCUUGCCUCGACAACGGUGCAGUUAUCGCGCCACUACAUCCUGUCCAAUUCGCGAGCCCAGCUCUAUAUGCUCGCCAAUUCACCACCACCAUCGUGCAGGGCCCUGGCUCGUAUGGACCUGAAGUUGGAGGCGGCGGAAAGGGCCAACCUGGCUCUCCGACAAACCCUUCAGUUCCUCUUAACUGUGAAGCUGGCAUGGAUAGAAUCUUGACACUCUCACUCCCCGGACCUACUUCGAAUCCGUCGCAGUCAAGCCCUGGUGCCAUUGGCCGACCCCAAACUCAGAAUCCUAACCAAGGUUCCCAGAGUGGCCAACCACAGGGUCAUCCACCUGUUGGUAAUGGUGGCAGUUCAAAUGGUCCUCCCGGUGAUGCUUCAAAUCCCACUUGUACGGGCAACCUGAAUGAUUGCAAUACUGAUGGCAAUCGACCCUCAUCCAAUGGAUCAGGGAACUACCCCGACACUUCUCAACCUGUUGGAAGUUCCUCGCCAUCACCAAAUAAAGGGCCCAACACAUCCUCGGGAGACCAAAGUGCUCAACAGCCUCAGAACGGCCAGGGUAGUGAUGCCCAUUCACCGUCACCUGGCGCACCUGGCGCCUCGAACUCAAACCAGUCUUCUCAACCACCAUUUUCAGACGGGCAAUCGGGCGCUCAGCCGAGCCGAAACCCACAAGGCUCCCCGCCUUCGUCACAAAACACUGACGGGAUUGGUGGGAUCCCAUGUCCCCAGGGCCAAAGCAACUCAGGUCCAGGACAAGAUUCAUCAUCCCCUACCAACCCAAACACAAACAAUGGAACCCCUAGUAGUUCUUCAAACCAAGCGCCAUCAAGUCCGAAUAGCCAAUCUCCCAAUUCUCCACAAGGGCCCUCGAAGUCCAACCCUGGAUCUGGAACAACAGGUGGACAACCGCCUGCUGGACCUCCUUCAAGUCCUGGAAACAACAACGGCUGUGCUAGUGACCAGGGCAAUUCCGGUUCCAACUCUCCUGCUGGGUCGCCCACUCGGCCUACCAAUCCGGGGCCGGAGGGUUGCCACGACGCCGGUUCACCAGGAUCCCCAAGUAAUGGCUCCCCUGUGCAACCUCCCGCAUCUAGCCCUGCUCCUGAUCCGAAUGGUGGAGGUGUCCCUUGCCCCAAUACUGGGAAUGGUAAAGGUCCUAACAGUGGCAACUUCCCUGGACCUGGGUCUGAUCCAAUGGCUGGACCUGGUGCCGGAGCCUCGCCAGAAAUUAUCGUGACUGUUCAAAUGCCUGCGCCUUCAGGAAACCCAGAGGCUGGCCCGCCUAGAAACUCUCCGAGCAAUGGAGGUGUUGGACCGGGCGGGGCUGCCCCAUCUCCCAGCAAAGGCAGCCAGCCGCUUCCUUCAGGCAGCUCCGGGCCAUCUUCAAGUCCAGGAAGCACCAAGGGAGCCGAUCCAAAUCCCCCUGAUUCCCCAGACAGUGGAGAGUUUCCUUGUGAUGAUGAAAGUGCUGCUUCUGGUCAGCCUGGGCCUGGAAAUGGAGCAAACAAUGGCGGUGCUGGAACACCUGCUUCUGAUUUUACCCUUUGGCCACUUCCCACUGCUCCGCCAACCGUUCCUGGUUCAGCCGUGGACUCUGGACCCAAUAUCCCACCUCAGACAGAUAUCACAUUCAAAAAGUCGGGCCCAGCGAGUUUGACCGUCCCAGGCGCCCCUGCUAAUGCGCCAGAGGUCACUCUUUGGCCCCGCCCGACGGCAAAUGCACCCACAGCCGCGCCUGCAAACGCAAAUGGCAACCAAGAAACCAUCGUCUUACACAUCCCAUUGCCUGGCCAUAUCAUUCAAGGUGAUAGCCUAACUGGGGUCAAGACACUCGAUGCGAUGAUGACGAAGGAUCUCUUCCCGGGCAGCUCGGUUGCUCCAGAACUUGUCAGUGCGCCGAGCUACGCUGUUGGCAAUAAAAGAGGCCUAGUGGCAAGAGAAACGAACGAAGGUAUCCCAAAUCCUUCCCAAAGCUUCUUCCGAUCAGAGAACCACACGGCGUCAACGACCUUGGCCACAUAUACCGGUGCUGCAGGAAGACGGUUAGCUUCGAACACCUUCAUAUUUGCAUACUAUGGGGUGUUUGCAUUUGGGUUUCUAUUAUGGGCCUUCAAUUAG